CUGAAGCACCAACCACUCCUGGCUGUUCCAGUCGCGCGAGUUAGCGCGAACAAGGUGCGGAGAGCGACUCGACGAACGGCUCUCAGUCGAUUCUUGGAUCGUAUCUUGGAUCUUUUGCGGAUCGACGCGAUUUUACGCGAUCGUGCAUGUGCGUACGCGAGUGAGUCACGAGUGCUGGAAGAUUCUGAGAGAAGGAGAACGGGAGAGGAACCCGUAUGGACCGAGAAGCGGUGAACACUUGUCCGACCGAUCGCGCGAUCGGUACGUCGUGACGAAGAUCCGAGGUUCACGCACCACGUUCGGUCCCAGCGCACGUUUCCAGAACGAGAGAGAGCAAAAAAGCCUGUUCGCGAAGAAGUUCGCUUUCUGUGGGGAGAAAAUCUCGCGACACCGAUUGACAAGAUAUCAACAAAACGUAAACAAUGCGUAUGAAGAACAAUUUCUUCCUCAAGUUUGCAAUACACAAGAAUGAAAAGAAAAUACGCUUCUGUCACAUCGCGUGCUUACAACAAGAACUAAGCAGGUGUUACUGAUCGAUCGCGUAAUAUUUGCGUUCAACAUUGUGAAUGCACUGAUAGAAAAAUGCACACUUCGAGAUACGCUGGAUACCACAUUAACGCGAGCCGCGAUUACGUUACAGAUGGCGAAGAGAGCCACAGAGCUCCCUCGGAUCGCACCGUGUCCGAGUAUAUCGUCGCUAACGAACACACUACCAUGGUGAAACCAACAAGAAAGAAUGACAAAUAUGAUAGAGAAGAAGAAAGGAGAUCGAGAAGCGUGCACAACACUCGCGACUCGAUGUUGUCCGGAUCUCCUAAACACGGCUUACAUUCUCUUCGCAAAAGUGCCUCACACGGCAGCAUCUGUGACAACGGUUCGGAUAUAUACGUCACCAGUGCUGCGUACAGAGCCACUUCUGACAUAAGUCGGAUAUCACGUCAUAGUUUAGCACCGAGCUCUAGAUUGGACCACAGAGCGCCUAGUCAUUACAGCUAUGGUUCCGGUAGAUCGGGCACUUCAACGGUGAAAACUCGCACGUCACGGAAAGGCGGUAUAAUCGUGGAGACCAUGUCGACGCCGAAUCCUUUCUGUCCAAACACCAAAGGCGUCUGUUGCCUCAUGUUAUUUCUCAAUCUUGGUUUGCUGCUGGUUACUUUAGGCUUCGUCAUCGUCUUACAGUUCUUCCAACCGUUAGUCGUUUGGAUCUUGGGAAUAGUAUUUCUCAUAUUUGGAUUUCUGACACUAAUCGGUAGCCUCGUGUAUUGUGUACACGUGUUCAGAAACGCCAAAUAUCCGCAGGAUAUUAAUCCGGAAGAUUGAUUGAAACUGAAGAACAUUGCAGUUGUGCCAUAUUUACAUCCAAUUUUCUUAUUAUAGGAUGUCAAAAAUUUUUCCAAAUCAAUUUAAAACCUGGUAAUGUAGUUGGUGAGAGAACAUCAAUUAUAUAUGACAUACGACAACGA